GUUGGAAAACGCGGCUUGGGAUCCUUUGGUCGAUUGCGAUAGAGACUCCCCAGGAACAGCAGAGCGAAAGAGACUCUGUCACCACAAAAAGCCAGGUCCCAAGAGCAAGUCGAGUCAGUCGAAGCAAUGUACCGCUACUCUCCAGAGGGAGCUAAUCUUACAAGUGCCUCUUACACAAUCGAUCUUUACCAUUGAUCUCAACAAAGAGCCCGCUGAAGAUCCAGUUGCACCUCUCACUGCAGCUGGCUCAUCUCAACAGCCAAAUCUCAACCUGGAGUGCACACAGACAUUUUUAAGUUUCGGUCUCGAGCAGAAUGAGGUGUGCCUUGACCCCAAAGACCCCCAACCCGGAUAUUGCCCUCCUGGCCCCUAGCUCCUGCUCUGUUGUGUUAUAAAAGCAGAGUCUUGGACCCUACACAUGGCAUUGCUCUCUAUAUGCUCUGGCUGCUCAAGACUCUAUUCUCUGCUCUUCUUCCUCUCGUCUCUCGUCUCUCAUCAACGCUUGUCACAUUAUCUCUACUUGUGCUCUUACCCUUCUCGCUCCCCAACAAUAUCAUCCUCUUAUCUCUUCUGGCGCUCUUGCCCGUUAACGCCCGCCUCGUUGUCUCCUACGUCUCUGCUUUGUGUCGCAGACCUGACAUCUCCAAGUCAGCUCCUGUACUCUCGUUCCCUCUUCACUGUCAGAUUUCUCGCUCGAGCCUGAAAAGUAUCAAGAGACAGCCUUCUGCUGUCUUCGCCCUUCCUUCACAACUCAUCAUCUACUCCUACUUCUAUCAAAUUUCUAUCUCUAGCAAAAGC